AUGCUCCAACAACUCCCCACAGAGAUAAUCUCGUCAAUCUUCCAGGAGCUCGCGAUUGAAACAAGUUGGUUGCAGCGCUUCCACUCCAAAGUUCCUGAGGAUGAAGAAUUCCGCCAAUCUUGCUCGAGCCUGGUCAGCCUAUGCGAAACAUCCCGGAGAUUGCGCUCCAUAGCAGAGCCUCUACUCUACCAGACUUACAUCAAACCCAACACAAUAGAGGUCCCUCUUCAGUUGAAGAACAUCCAUGGUUACCUGAAGACUUUGCUACAACGCCCAGACCUUGCAAGACACGUCCGGAACGUGUGUAUCAAGGCAUGGUUUCAGCCUGGUACUUUGGAACAUUUACUUACCGACCAUGUUCCUGAAUUCUGGCGAGAAAUGGAUUUGGACAGGUUUCCAAGAGAACCUUUUCUAGAUGAUGGUACAUUCGUAGCAUUCCUCAGUACCGAACCUAGCCAUGAUAGUCAAGCAACUCCACAACUCCUCGGUCUCUAUCGAGAGCACCUGGAGAGGCUCGAUAUCAAAGAUCAAGAGCGAGGACUAUGGUAUCGUGCGCUGGAAGUUGGCCAAGAGGAUGCAGAGAUUACGCUAUUACUCUCGCUAACAACCAAUCUCGACCAUCUAAAGUUGAUCAUGCCAAACUGGGAGUACUUCGAACGUCCCAACUCGCUGCCGCAUUUUACACACAUCAUCGGAACCAACCUGUUCCUACGUAAUUUGACUUCAAUAUGUGUGCAACCAAAUCACACAGGCGAGGGUUUUUAUGAGCUGGAUGAUUACGAUCUCGAACGUUAUCAAGGAUUUCCGUUGUCUUUUCUCCUUCCAUUCCUUGCUCUACCUUCGCUCCGAAAGGCAGACAUUACACAUGCAUUCGAGCUUGACAUUCUGGAAGAGCUCACACCCACUGAGUCCUUCUCUUCUUGCUUGAAGAAACUCGAGCUCUCAUACUGCGCCGUUCAUCCCCAUGUCUUGCAGGAUGUGAUGAGUCGAUGGACUGGGUUGGAAAGUUUUGUCUGUGACAUGCCAGAAUCGGAUUGGCCAAUACAUGAGCUCAGCAAGGCUAUGUACCUUCACCGGGCCAGUCUCAGAACUAUCAAGUUGGAUUUCUUCAGCUGGGCGCUUUAUGAUGUUCAAACCGAUGGCCGUUUAGAAUAUGGGGCAACUGAUGACAGUUAUGCUAAAUCCUUUGGAUUUCUUACCAAAUACACUGCACUCAGGGAUUUGACGGUCAGUGGGUAUAUGCUACUCAAAUUCUCACCGGACCCGAGAAUUGAUGAGCUACUUCCUUCUGGCUUGGAGGAGCUCCACUUAAAGGGAUGCAUCGCCUCCUUGCUUCCCUCUUUCGAGUCCUUACUUUGCCUGGUUGAGAAUCGCUCAGUGAUGCCGAAUUUGAGCAAGAUUCGCAUAGACGAUUGGGAUCCCCGGUAUAAACGUUAUGAUGCGAAUGAAUCAUGUUUAGAGCGACAGACUCAUGAGAUAGAAAGCAAGGCAAGGAUGAGGCGACUAUGUGAUGGUUUUAAUGCUGCUGGUGUCGCUUUCUCUUUUGCUUAUUGCUGGUUCAUAGAAGAUCGGGCUCAGUAUCGCCUUGUAGGAUUCUACAAAAGACAAUCAAGGUGUUGGUGUGAGGAGCUCAUUGGUCCCGAAAAGGAAGUCGCAAUUGGUCAGGUUCUGAAGCCGCUCCUACCUGACCUCUCACAUUACUCCCGCUCCUGCACUUUGUAUUCGUUUAGCUCGUACAGCAUACUCUUGCAAAACCAUUCGAGUUAUCCCACUCUAGAUCUGCUAUUACCUUAUUGCUCAACGAUGCGUCUUCGAUCACAUUCAAAGUUCGCAUUCGACAAGCUGCCUCCGGAACUCCGCGUCCACAUCCACAGCUUCCUCAAGGAUGACAGAGCGACUCUAUUUAAUGCAAUUCGUGUCAACAAAGAAUGGUUUCAUCGACUAACUGGAUUACUAUGGCGUGAGCCAGGGUUUGGUGCUCUACUUUGUCCGGCUAAGCGUGGUCGUCGACGUCAAUUCUAUGCUGACAAAAUACGCACGCUCUCUCUGGAAAACUCGCUUGCUGGUUUCCAAAAUGGCUCACCAGUACACUGGAAAGACAUAUUGUCAACAUGCGAGAUGCCAUACCUUGAGCAUCUCCAGAUCGACAGCCACGACGUAGUCCCCGAUGAGUUCUUGUGUCCGUUACUGCGACCUUCGCUGCUGUCGGUCAAGCUCCCGCUUGAACUCAGCGCGUCCGCACUCGAGACCUUGGGCCUCUGUACUCGACUGAAACAGCUUGUGGCCGAAGAAGGUGUAGGAAUAUUAGACCUGGAAUCUUUCAUGAAUGUUAUCAUGAAGCUUCCUUGCCUAAACUCAAUUGAGCUAGGCGGAGAUAUCUUCACAAGUGCAAAAAUACAUCGUCAAGAGCAUAUACACACCGACAAAGUUGUUACACGUCUACUCAAACAUGGGCGUCUUACACAUCUUAAGCUUGGGAAACACCUGUCCGAGAGUGAUGCCCGGGAGAUCUCGAACUUGCUCGACAAUACUCUUCCAGGAAAUAAGGAUCUGACUUCUCUAAGCAUUGGUGGACACUAUGCUGCACUGAACCUUUUGCUUGUGAACACUGCCAUUUCGCUUCGGACUUUGGAGAUUACUGUUCCGGGAGGCUAUAAAGAUUGUGACCGUAACCUAUGCGAGGACAUUCUACGCUUCACCAAUCUGACAGAGCUCACCCUGUGCAUGUGGCCAGAACAAGUAUUACAUCCCAAUGACUUGACAGCUCUGACAAAGAUGAAUCACCUCCAAGUAUUCAAGAUCACUUCUUACUGGUCAGAAGAUCUGCCGGGAUCGAGCUGGACUAGUCACGACUUCGACGCAUGGAUUUCGCACUUUUCAGAGCUACGUGAACUGGAGCUGCUAUGUGAGACUUCAGCUUCCUCUGGUACAUCUGCCGUGGCUGCUAUCGGUCGAUCAUGCCCAAAUCUUGAACGAUGUACACUAGGUUGGGCACAAGACCUCAGCACUUGGACGACUCUCGUGAGUGAUGCAUCGGUCUUGUUUCCCAAGUUGAAGAGGCUCGGCGUCCACAUUAUCGAUGACGAGUUUGAAGAGCUCCACGGUUUUGCGUCGCCAGAAGAUAACUUGGAUGACGAGUGGAUGCAGGAAGGACUGACACAAUUGAAGACUAUCCUGAAGCUGGCUCCUCGCUUGAAAACCGUUGCUCUUGUGGACGUAGGUCAGUGGGGCAUAAAUGCAUUACAGACGGGUCUUGAGUCGCUACAGAAGCCUCAUUGUGAGGAUUGUCGUGUUUGGAACCUGGACAAAGAAGUCAUUGCGAAACUCAAAGCAGAGACCGAUAUGGAUGGGGAGACUUCUUGA